AUGAAAGCACAAAACCCCAUGUAUCCCAACUUCAUGGAUAAGAAUAAUGGAAGUUUUAACGUUUUCAAUACUACACUUGAUAAUCUGUAUAAAAAGCUACGAAGUGAAGGAAUAGGGUCAGCAUCAAAGCACACAGAAGGUAUCUCUAAAGAAGAAGAAGAUCAACUCUGGAGUUCUGGUGUGCUGAAUACAACAAUACCAUUAGGGUUGCUACGAGCUGUCUUCUUUUACAAUGGCAAAUGUUUCUGUCUUCGGGGUGGUCAGGAACAUAGGGAUUUAAAGUUAUCACAAUUAAAAAGAGAGACAGGACCUGAUCGGUACAUUUAUACGGAGAAUUCGUCUAAAAAUCGUAAAGGGGGUCUUCGAGAAUUGAGAUUGGAACAUAAAGCUGUUCCUGUGAUGGCAGAUCCAGAGGCAGGAGUGAGGUGUCAUGUAUAUUUGUUAGACCUCUACAUAAGGAAACUGCCAUCUGAGGCCAAUAUGAAAGAUUUGUUUUAUUGCCGCCUGUUACAAAAAACAUCGUCCGAGCUUCAACCAUGGUAUUCUGCUGUACCAAUAGGACGUAACAUGCUUAAUCAAAUGGUAGCGUUAAUGUGUGAGACUGCAGGGAUAUCUGGCAAAAAAAACUAA